AUGUGGCCAGUCUGUAUUUCAUUGUGGAAUGAUAGUAAAGAAUCAAGAAUGAUGAAAUGUCCAAUGCAUAGAUACCAUUAUUUGAAUGAUUUGGAUCCAUCAAUCAACAUCUAUUCAGGUACUAGGAUUAUGUUUACAUCAACCACCAAUGACAAGAACAAAUGGAGAUUUCAACUACUCAACAUAUCAAAAAUACUUGAUCAAGACCCAUGGAAUCAUCUCAACAAUCAAUAUUGUCCAAUUAAAACACCAAAAGUAGUUAACAAUCCUACAAAUGAUAAUUUGUCCAUUAUUGGAGACGAAAACACAACGAUAUUUAAUCAAGUUGAAAAGCUCAAACUUGAUAGUGUUUGUCUCAAAUCACCCAACAACCAACAACAAGAUAUUACCACAAGUCUUUAA